GCUCUCGCGGGCUCUCGCGCCGCUCGCGUGACGGGCUCCGGCUGUGCGCGGCGACGCUCAGGCUCCGCGGGGCACGGGCGGGCCGGGAGCGCGCCGCGGCGAGAGGGCGUCUGGUGCGGGUGGGCGCGAGGUGCGGGCGGCCGGCCGGCGAGCGAGCGAGCGGCCGGGCGGGCGCGGGGGACGCGCGGGCGUGCACCCGCGCGCGGGCUCUCGGAGGAGCCGCGGCCGAGGCUGCGCUUCCUCAGCCCGACGGAGAGCGGCAGUGUCGCCCCGGCCGGCGCACGCUCGGCCCGCUUCUCCCCCCGCGGCGGCUGCUCCUCGGCACCGCCAGCCCCAGCGCCGCUCCGGGGCGGGCGGGCGGCGGCGGCGGCGGCGGCGGGACGGACGGAGCCGCUUUGUGUGCAGCCCGACGAGGGGCGGCGGCGGCGGCGCAACCACCUGACAGAGGCCCGGCGCUCGCUGCACCGUCCGCCCGCAUGAGGAGGAGAGGCCGGUAGAGGACUGUGAGAGAAAAGUUAUUCCCCAGGAUGGACUUCACGCAGCCGAAGCCUGCCACUGCCCUCUGUGGCGUCGUGAGUGCGGACGGGAAGAUCGCUUACCCUCCGGGAGUAAAAGAGAUCACCGACAAGAUCACCACCGAUGAAAUGAUCAAACGUCUGAAGAUGGUAGUGAAAACUUUUAUGGAUAUGGAUCAGGAUUCAGAAGAUGAAAAGCAACAGUAUCUCCCACUAGCCUUGCAUCUCGCAUCUGAAUUCUUUCUCAGGAACCCUAAUAAAGAUGUGCGCCUUCUCGUAGCAUGUUGUUUGGCUGAUAUAUUUCGAAUCUAUGCCCCAGAAGCUCCAUAUACUUCCCAUGAUAAACUUAAGGACAUAUUUCUCUUUAUUACCAGACAGUUAAAAGGUUUGGAGGAUACAAAGAGUCCACAGUUUAAUAGAUAUUUUUAUUUAUUAGAGAAUUUAGCUUGGGUUAAAUCAUAUAACAUCUGCUUUGAGUUGGAAGAUUGCAAUGAAAUUUUUAUUCAGCUUUUUAGAACUCUCUUCUCGGUAAUCAACAAUAGCCACAAUACGAAAGUACAAAUGCACAUGUUAGACUUGAUGAGUUCUAUCAUCAUGGAAGGUGAUGGAGUUACUCAAGAAUUAUUGGAUUCCAUUCUUAUCAACCUCAUCCCUGCACACAAGAACUUAAAUAAACAGUCCUUCGACCUUGCAAAAGUCCUACUGAAAAGGACAGUCCAGACUAUUGAAGCAUGUAUUGCCAAUUUUUUCAAUCAAGUCCUGGUGCUGGGCAGAUCAUCAGUCAGCGACCUGUCUGAACACGUAUUUGAUCUGAUUCAGGAACUUUUUGCUAUCGAUCCUCAGUUACUGUUAUCUGUCAUGCCACAGCUUGAAUUCAAACUGAAGAGCAACGAUGGUGAAGAACGCCUAGCUGUGGUUCGACUCCUCGCAAAAUUGUUCGGCUCUAAAGAUUCAGAUUUAGCAACACAGAAUCGGCCUCUCUGGCAGUGCUUUCUUGGGCGAUUUAAUGACAUUCAUGUUCCUGUGAGGUUAGAAAGUGUGAAGUUUGCCAGCCACUGUUUGAUGAAUCACCCAGACUUAGCGAAGGAUCUGACAGAAUAUUUGAAAGUUAGGUCACAUGAUCCAGAAGAAGCCAUUCGUCAUGAUGUUAUUGUUACUAUAAUAACAGCUGCCAAAAGAGACCUUGCCUUAGUAAAUGAUCAGUUGCUUGGCUUUGUCAGGGAAAGGACACUGGAUAAACGGUGGCGAGUAAGAAAAGAAGCCAUGAUGGGUCUGGCUCAGCUCUAUAAGAAAUACUGUCUUCAUGGGGAAGCAGGAAAGGAAGCCGCGGAGAAAGUCAGCUGGAUAAAGGACAAGCUGCUGCAUAUCUACUAUCAGAACAGCAUUGAUGACAAACUAUUGGUAGAGAAAAUCUUUGCUCAGUAUCUUGUUCCCCACAACCUGGAAACAGAAGAGAGAAUGAAAUGCUUAUAUUAUUUAUAUGCUAGCUUGGAUCCAAAUGCUGUAAAAGCUCUCAAUGAAAUGUGGAAAUGUCAGAACAUGCUUCGAAGUCAUGUGCGUGAACUAUUGGACUUACACAAGCAGCCUACAUCAGAAGCGAACUGUUCUGCCAUGUUUGGGAAACUGAUGACCAUAGCAAAGAAUUUGCCUGACCCUGGAAAAGCACAAGAUUUUGUAAAGAAAUUUAACCAGGUUCUUGGUGAUGAUGAGAAACUGAGGUCUCAGUUGGAAUUAUUAAUCAGCCCAACCUGUUCAUGCAAGCAGGCUGACGUUUGUGUGAGGGAAAUAGCUCGGAAACUUGCAAAUCCUAAGCAGCCAACCAACCCUUUUCUAGAGAUGGUCAAAUUUCUUUUGGAAAGAAUUGCUCCUGUGCACAUCGAUUCAGAAGCCAUAAGUGCACUGGUAAAACUGAUGAAUAAGUCAAUCGAAGGGACGGCCGAUGAUGAAGAGGAGGGUGUCAGUCCAGACUCAGCCAUCCGCUCAGGACUUGAGCUUCUUAAGGUUCUGUCUUUCACACAUCCUACCUCGUUCCACUCUGCAGAGACAUAUGAGUCCUUGUUACAGUGCCUAAGAAUGGAGGAUGACAAGGUAGCAGAAGCUGCAAUACAAAUUUUUAGAAACACAGGCCACAAAAUAGAAACUGACCUUCCCCAGAUACGGUCAACCUUGAUCCCCAUUUUACAUCAGAAAGCCAAGCGGGGCACUCCACACCAAGCAAAGCAGGCUGUUCACUGCAUCCAUGCCAUCUUCUCAAACAAGGAGGUCCAGCUGGCACAGAUUUUUGAGCCACUCAGUAGGAGUCUGAAUGCUGAUGUACCAGAGCAACUUAUAACUCCAUUAGUUUCACUGGGCCACAUUUCCAUGUUAGCACCAGAUCAGUUUGCCUCCCCGAUGAAAUCUGUAGUGGCAAACUUUAUUGUUAAAGACCUUCUAAUGAACGACAGGUCAACAGGUGAGAAGAAUGGAAAAUUAUGGUCUCCAGAUGAGGAAGUUUCUCCUGAAGUUCUAGCAAAGGUACAGGCAAUUAAACUUCUGGUAAGGUGGCUGUUGGGUAUGAAAAACAACCAGUCUAAAUCUGCCAACUCAACUCUUCGGUUAUUAUCAGCCAUGCUGGUUAGUGAGGGCGACCUGACAGAGCAAAAGAGGAUCAGUAAAUCUGAUAUGUCUCGCUUGCGAUUAGCUGCUGGUAGUGCCAUAAUGAAGCUUGCUCAGGAACCUUGCUACCAUGAAAUUAUUACCCCAGAACAGUUUCAGCUCUGUGCACUGGUUAUUAAUGAUGAGUGCUACCAAGUAAGGCAGAUAUUUGCCCAGAAGCUUCAUAAGGCACUUGUGAAGUUGCUUCUCCCACUGGAGUAUAUGGCCAUCUUUGCUUUGUGUGCCAAAGACCCUGUGAAAGAAAGGAGAGCACACGCUCGGCAGUGUUUGUUAAAGAACAUCAGCAUCCGCAGGGAGUACAUCAAACAGAACCCCAUGGCCACUGAGAAAUUAUUGUCACUGCUGCCUGAAUAUGUGGUUCCAUACAUGAUUCACCUCCUAGCCCAUGAUCCUGAUUUCACACGGUCACAAGAUGUUGAUCAACUUCGUGAUAUAAAAGAGUGCCUGUGGUUUAUGCUUGAAGUCUUAAUGACAAAGAAUGAAAACAACAGCCAUGCAUUCAUGAAAAAGAUGGCAGAGAAUAUCAAGCUAACCAGAGACGCCCAGUCUCCCGAUGAAUCCAAGACAAAUGAAAAACUUUAUACGGUUUGUGACGUGGCUCUGUGUGUUAUAAAUAGUAAAAGUGCUUUGUGCAAUGCAGACUCACCAAAGGACCCAGUCCUCCCAAUGAAGUUCUUUACACAGCCUGAAAAGGACUUCUGUAAUGACAAAAGCUAUAUUUCAGAAGAGACAAGAGUUCUUCUGUUAACAGGAAAGCCAAAGCCUACUGGAGUAUUAGGUACAGUGAACAAGCCUUUAUCAGCAACGGGAAGGAAGCCUUAUGUUAGAAGCGCCGGCACAGAGACUGGAAGCAAUAUUAACGCCAAUUCAGAGCUGAGUCCUUCAGCCGGAAGUCGUUCAAGGGAACAGAGUUCAGAGGCAUCAGAAACUGGAGUUAGUGAAAAUGAGGAGAAUCCUGUGAGAAUAAUUUCUGUCACACCUGUAAAGAAUAUUGAUACUGUAAAGAAUAAGGAAAUUAAUUCUGAUCAGUCUACCCAAGGCAACAUCAGCAGUGACAGAGGAAAGAAAAGAAUUGUAACAGCAGCUGGUGCAGAGAAUAUCCAAAAGCCAGACGAGAAAGUAGAUGAGUCAGGACCGCCUGCCCCUUCCAAACCCCGGAGAGGACGUCGCCCCAAAUCUGAAUCUCAGGGCAAUGCAACCAAAAACGAUGAUCUAAAUAAACCUGUUAGCAAGGGAAGGAAAAGAGCUGCAGGCAGCCAGGAGAGUCUGGAGGCAGGGAAUGCCAAAGCGCCCAAGCUACAAGAUGGAGCCAAAAAGGCAGUUCCAGCAGAGAGACAAAUUGAUUUACAAAGGUAAAAGGAGAAAACGAAGGCCAAACAGAAGCAGAGUCCAGGUUCUGUAAAAACUUGGAUUCCAAUGUCCCCAAACAGAAAACGAAGCUCACUUCAAAUACACACUUUCUGCCUUGAAAACUGAACGAAGCUAGCCUUCCUUUUUACACAGCCUAAGUCCUCUGGUGAAAUGUACAGCAGACUCUAGAGAGGCUAAGAGCAUCUCUGUUCUUCCCCUCCCCCAGACUUUUCCUGGGAAAAGUCAAUAAUUAAGCAAAUUGCUUAACACUUGGUUCCAGGUCCUGCAUAUCUGGAACUUAAAGGCAUAGUAACCAUUUUUUCCAUGCUGCAGAUUUCAUUUUAGAGAGGAACAGGGCGUCCAUUCACUGAUGCUGAGAACUGGUCCAUCCUAGAGCCCAGAACCCCGUGCCACACAGGCGAGCAGGUGUCUACUGAACUGAGGCUUUACAAGCGAGAGAGCAGAUGACAUAUUUCUUCGUUUUCCUUUUGGAAACUUAUGUAUUAUUCUUUCUGCCUGUCUACUUUUCUGCAAAAAAUGAGAUGUACAGAUUUCUGUUCCCUGCUAUGAAAAGUAAUGUGGCAAUUUUAUAAAUGUUGCUUUCUGAUUUUUAUCAGAAUGAGAAAAUAAUUAAAAUUAUUGAUCUGCAAGUAGUAAACACUUCAUAUUAUGAUUUCUCCCAUUUUAGUUUAAUAUAAUUUGCAAUAAAUGUACAUAUUGUUUCAUAAGGCAUAUCAGUUUAGAAUGGUUUUUACUCCUGUGAUUAUGAUGGAAUAAUUGGGUUUUCAGGGAGUAAAGACUGUCCAGGAUUUGGUUUUAUAAUUGUCACCAGAUUUUUAUUAUUAAUGUAAAAAAAGGUUGGUUUUGUUUUUAGGGUUUGUUUUGUUUUUUUGGAACUAUCAGUAGAUGGACACUGGCAGCUUUGUGAGGGACAGAGAUAUGCUCUCGACGUCUGGCACCGUGCUGUUGGGAAAUAGGCCUUUUAUUUUUGUCUGAUAAUUGGGGCUCAGUUUUUAUUUUUAUUUUACAGACAACUGUUACAAUAUUGUAUUCCUUGGCAUUCAUUGUUCAGCAUAGAUACUGUGUACAGUAUUUCUGUGCACAUAAUCCUAUUUAAUUUUUGCAUAAAAUAAAUGCUUUUAGAUGUCUUAUGUAAGUCUUAUCUUUUUAUCAUGCUUUGCUUUCUUAGGAAUUUUUAUGUGAAAGGGCUAAAGUCACAGAAGGACAUGACUACAGCCAACUCUCCCUUAUCUAUGUAAAAUAGUGACUGUGCCUCAGGUGCUCGGUUUGUAGGACUAUGGACAUGUGCAAGAAUGAGGAGACGUUUGAAAUUAAUUUUCUCUUAUCCUCCUCAGGUGUUUUGCCUGUCUCCACUGUUUCUGCUUGGCUUGUACCCAAAAUCCUAGUGGGACGAGCUGCUCUGUUUGCAUUAUGACUUGGUCUUGCUGGGAUGUGUAAAAUCACUGAAGUAUCAAAACUCUCCAGAAUGAAAUUCUUUGAUAGUAUGUCAAUUAGGUUCUCAUAGAUAAGUGAGAGUUGGCUAUAAAUUGAUUCUGGGUGAAAGGUGGGCUUCUUUUAAGUAUUUUACAUGUACAUGUUUAGGUGUCAGAAGAUGGCUAGAGAACAGUGAAUACCAAUGAUAGAAACAAUAUUUCUUGAAAGGGCGUAAAAGCCCUGCUCUUCCUGUUGCCUCCAAUCUGCUGACAGAGCAUCUAUGCAUACCGUCAGUCAGGUCCCUCAUUCAGUCAGUGCUAUAUUCUAUUUACAAGUUUGACUUAGGGCCACCAGUUUGUCACUACCAAAACUUCUUUGCUGGAACCCAGUGAACUCUAUGUUGAGCAGUUAGUCACACAGUGUAAGGAAGAAGGUUCCUAAAUGUUAAGGGCACUGGUCAGAAUACAGCAGAAGCGUUCACAUCUGUUACAGCUCUUUGGAGUUUUGCAUUGAAACAGUUACUGUCAGGGUCUGUUCCUCAUGAGUGCCUGGUCUCUGGCACCAAGAGUAAACUGGUUGGGGAUUAAGCAAAUUGAGAGGGACUUGUUUACUGGAAAUGUGUCAGGUUUUCUUUGAAAAAGAAAAUGUUAAAAUCUCUUAGGAAUUUGGUAUUUACAUCUCAGAGAAAUACAACACAAAAGUGCAGACUUAAAAUUGAGAAUUAAUGUUAACCCUUUGUGUCUAGUUUGAAGCUUCUUGUAUUUGUCUAAAACUACAAGCCAGAAUUUUGUAUCUCCUUUGAUAAAAAGUGUGUAUACUGUAAAGUAGUUUUGCAUAUUCUUGUGCUGCACAUGGGCUGGAUUUUUAGAAUUUUUUUAAAGACUUUAAGCCGAACCUUGUAAUUUGUGUAAAUGACAAGUGUAAAAUCCUUCCAUAAAAUGCUUAAAAUAUGCACUGUUUCAAAUAAAACCAAGAAAUGCAGCAUUAUGUAGAAGUGUGGAAACGUGAAUAUUCAUGUGCCCAUGUGAAGGGCUGAUGAAGGGACCAUCGUGCACUUUCCAUUUUUCAAGCCUCUGAUGUAGCUCACAGUGACAGUACAGGGGGAUCAAUUCUGAUGGAUCUUUGCCAAAGUUUCUUAAAGAUGAUCAUUGUUUCCUACUAUUCUCUGUGUCACAAAUGGUGGACAUUAUAUACUAGGUUUUUUGUUUUUGUUUUUUUUGAGACAGGGUUUCCCUGCCUCCCGAGUGCUGAGAUUAAAGGUGUGCACCACCACCGCCUGACCAUUAUAUACUAGUUUAAUAACUUUAAUCGGAGUGAACCGAUGUCUAAGAUUCGGAUAGAAUAAGAGGUUAAGAGAGGCCAUCAGCCUAUCUAUGUCUGAUGCCUCCCAUAGUUGGCCUCUUGAUAGUCUAUAACGUGGCUAAAAAAGACUAAAGGCAAAGAAUAUUGGGGAGGGGGGCUUAUUUGUACUGUUUUUUUUUUUUUCAUUAGUCUCCAGACUGCACUAUAUAUUAGCCCUUUGUUUUAAUAAAAACUCUAUGAUCAGCGUUCCCAGAAUGAAGUAUAAGGCAGAACAGGUCUCAGUCUUAUGUGGUCACUGCACUCUUUCAUAUGGGCCUAGAACAUUUACAAAGGUAGGAUAUCUCAAAGGUAGGUUGAGCAUAGGCCUCAACCAAUGUCCAUAGUGAGGGACCAGUGUAUUGAUCAGACUUCUCUGUCUACAUUCCAACAAGUCUCUUACCAGCUCUGACAACUGAACUUGCUGAGGUAAUGUAGCCCUCAGGCUGCCAAGCCUUCUGUCACUCAUUCUCUGACACUGUUCCUUUCCUGGUUGUUGUUUUAUUAAGAUUUGCUUGAAUUUAUGCCUGUUUUGAUUGCAUGUGUACCACAUGUAUGCCUAGUGCCCUUGGAGGUUAGAAAAGAGUGUUGAAUACCCUGGAAGUAUAGUUGUAAGCCCCCAUGUGGGGGCCAGGAAUUGACCCCUGGUCCUCUGCAAAAAAUAAGUGCUCUUAAUCUUUAAACUCUCCAACACCCCCAGCCCAUGUAGUUAAAGAGUUAUUUAAUGCAGGGUCUUAUGCAUAAGAUGUCCUUGAAGGCACUGUGUAGUUAAGGGUGAACUUGAAGACCUAGUCCUCCUGCCUCUACCCCUAAAGAGUUGGAACUGCUAGCCCCACAAGCCUUUACCUUAUACUUACACUGGAAAAAGCCAGAGCUUCGAGAUUAACAACCAACCUAUGUGUACACAGGCACACACUCAUGAGAAUAACAACCUAUGUGCACACAGGAGCACACUCUGUGUGAGAAUAAACACCUGUUUGCUUGUCUUCUGUCUGGCUGCAAAUUCUAGCACAGGCAGAAUGUCUAAUUUCUCAGGUUGCUGGCCCAAGGUGAUGAUCAGGAUUUCAGGUGGGGGUACUCUUCCCUUAUCAACACUUGUUGCCUUUCUCCCCUUGGAACCCUUUUGCUCCUGACAUUACCUAGCAAAGACUUUAUUAUACCAAACAAAGUCAUUCUCUGUAAACAGCACUGUAUUUAUUCCUUGUUUGAAAGUGGUCUAUGCAGGAAGUUAAAGGCCACUCAGUUCUCUCCUAUUACAAAAAGGGGAGAAAGGUAGCUAGCUGAGAGCUGAUAGGAAUGUAAAGUCUUUUACAGCAUCAUAAGAAUAUAUAGCUUACUCUCAAUUUCUUUAAAAGCUAUUUUGUCUUAAUAUGAUUGCUGUAUGGAAGAUAAGCAGUAGAAGCUAAAUAAUACAGAUGGGCAUGAGUGUGUGAGAUCCUAUAUUAAGUGCAAGAAUCACACUUAAUAUAGGAUCUCAUGAUGAUGAUAAACCAGCCAUAUACUACGAGCGACCUCAGAUCCUCCUGCCCCCACACCCCAAUACCUGGGAUUAUGGGUAUAUGCAGCAACUUGAGAGCUUGUCAUGAUGAUGGAUACCGUGGCUCCUGAGGGCCAUGUUUUCGGUAAUGAAUAAUGAAACCUUUCUAAAAUUGAUUUGUGGUCGAUGUGGAAAUCUUUGCAUUAAAUCAUGGAAUUAUACACUUAAAA